AUGAAGCUGACCAUCGAACGCUCAACGCUUCUGAGCUCCCUGGCGCACGUGCAAAGCGUUGUCGAACGCCGCAACACGAUCCCUAUUCUCGCCAAUGUGCGCAUCGAUGCGCAGGGGAGCGAUCGCCUGCGGCUCACCGCGACGGACAUGGACCUCGCCGUGGUCGACGAGGCCGACGCCGCCGUCGAGCAGGAAGGUGCGGUGACCACGACUGCGCUCACCCUCUACGACAUCGUCCGCAAGCUGCCGGACGGUGCGCAGGUCGCGAUGAAACUCGACAGCGGCGACGGCGGGCAGCUCGACGUGGUCUCCGGGCGCUCCCGCUUCCGCCUCUCCUGCCUCCCGAUCGCCGAGUUCCCGGUCAUGGCCGACGGCGAGCUGCCCCAUUCUUUCGAGCUGCCGCGGGAUCAUUUGCGGCGCCUGAUCGACAAGACCCGGUUCGCCAUCUCGACCGAGGAGACUCGCUAUUAUCUCAACGGCAUCCACCUGCAUAAGGCUGAGGACCAGGAGGGGAUCGCGCGGCUGCGCGCCGUCGCCACCGAUGGCCACCGGCUCUCCUGCGCCGACGUGGCGCUGCCGAGGGGGCAGCGGACCUGCCGAGUGUGA